UACGAUUCACGCGGCUGGUAGUUCACCGUGGUGCUAUGUGUAAUGUUUAGCGUGGAAGCAGCUGGUGCUGCACGGUCUGUUGACGCCGCUCUCCGCCCGCCGCCCGCGCGAUCGUUGCGCCCCCGCGCUCCCUUGCGAAAAAUUAUAAUGCAAUUGCCAGGACGGCCGAUGUGGAACGCUUUACGACCGCAGCCAGCACGCAACAGUCUACACUCAAAUGCGUUGUAACUCACACGCCAUCCAUCACUAUGGAUUUGUCGUGUCGGGACUGAUUUCUCUUGUGCUGUUCGACAGAGUGGAAACCGUGUGGCUGUCGUUAAAGUUACCAUUGGAUUGUAAUAUGCAGUGACGUGAACUUUAAAACGCAGUACAGUGCCACGUUUUCGGAUCUUCUUUUUUCUACUAGCGUACUCGGUACCGUUGUGUUUUUGGCUUUUAACAGUGUUGUGACUAUAAAUGACUUUACUGACCGUAAUAUUUCUAAACAAAAAUACGUUUCAAUUACUUUAGGUUCAUUAGCGUCCAUAUUCGGUGAGACCAUUGUCCAUCAAACGUGAAUUAAUUCGAAUCGCGUCUUACUUACGUCCGGUGAGGUCUUGCUUUCAAAGUGUCAACGUUUCCAAGUAGUCAUUAUAGUUCAAACUGUGGCCAGUUUCGCUCGCUUCUGGUAUUGCGCGACUUAUCGUUUCAUAAAAAUAUAAAUUAAUCGGCUAAUUAUAAUAUUAUCAGGUGUAGGGAUGAUAAGACAACCGCCAGUUAUGUAGUGUAAUGUGAAUCAGUUAGCAAUCACUGCUGAUAUAAUGAGGUGAGGUGACUUGUGAUUUGAAUAGUGUGAGUGAUAAGUUAUAGAAAAUGUGGGGCGCCGCGGUGUCUACUCCUCCGCAUUACCAUUACGUUCAAGGUCCUGCGGGACCGAUGCCACAACGUGGUCCUGCGGGUCCAAUAUUGUCCGGACCCAGUGUGAGGCAUUUGAGGCCUCAGUCUUCGUAUUCCCUGCCGCACGGGAGCAACGGUCCCGGUCGGUGGAGCUGGUCUGGCAGCAAUGCAUCUUCCUUUGAUCGUAGGCAGCUUAAAGUGCCCCCGCAGCCAGCCAGGCCAGCACCUCAUCGACCGUCGCAUAAUCGACAUGCCGCUAACAAGGUCGACCCUGAGCUGAUCUUCACGAAGCAAGAGAAGAUCGGCAAAGGAUCGUUCGGCGAGGUGUUCAAAGGGGUCGACAAUAGGACACAGCAAGUGGUCGCCAUUAAAAUAAUCGAUCUCGAAGAGGCUGAAGAUGAGAUCGAGGACAUACAGCAGGAGAUUAUGGUGCUGUCGCAGUGUGACAGCCCAUAUGUCACUAAAUAUUACGGAUCUUACUUGAAGGGAACAAAGCUAUGGAUCAUAAUGGAGUACCUCGGCGGCGGGUCCGCGUUGGACCUGAUGAAGGCCGGUAGCUUCGAGGAGAUGCACAUCGCUGUCAUACUCCGCGAAGUGCUCCGCGGUCUGGACUACCUGCACUCAGAGAGGAAACUGCAUAGAGACAUUAAGGCUGCGAACGUCUUGCUAAGCGAGAUGGGAGACGUAAAAUUAGCGGAUUUUGGUGUAGCGGGCCAACUGACAAACACAACCAGCAAACGGAACACGUUCGUCGGCACGCCGUUCUGGAUGGCGCCCGAGGUGAUCAAGCAGUCGUGCUACGACAGCAAAGCCGACAUCUGGUCGUUGGGCAUCACCGCAAUAGAACUGGCCAAGGGCGAGCCGCCGAACUCCGAGCUGCAUCCCAUGAGAGUACUGUUCCUAAUACCGAAGAACAACCCUCCGCAACUGACCGGCAGUUACUCGAAGCCCUUCAAAGAGUUCGUCGAGGCGUGUCUCAAUAAGGACCCGGAAAAUAGGCCAACAGCAAAGGAGCUGCUAAAAUUUCAAUUCAUCAGAAAGGCGAAAAAGAAUUCGUAUCUUAUGGAUCUAAUAGAUAGGUAUAAGAAAUGGAAGUCGCAGAGGAGUGAGGAGAGCGAAACAGAAUCUGAGAACUCGGAUUCCGAGGACAUGAGCCGCGGCGACAGCGAGGCGGACGAGCCGUGGAUAAUGACGGUGCGCGGCGCGGGCGGCGCGCGGGCGCUGCACUCGCACGCGCACUCGCACGCCAACUCGCACGCCAACUCGCACACCAACUCGCACGCCAACUCGCACGUGCACGACGAUGAGAAGCGACGCGCGCACGACGACUCGCCGGGCGCGUCGCCCACGUCGCCGACGGGCGCGGCGCCGAAGCAGAACGGCGCGCUCGCGCGCGACGAGCCGCCCGCCGAGCGCGCGCUCAACAACAACACGCAGGACAAGCAGCCCUCUCGACAGUCCCCAAUCGUAUCUACGCCCGUCGAACAGAGGAGCGUGAAGGAGCGAGACAGAGAGCGCGAGCGGGAGCGGGAGCGGGACAGGGAUAGAGAUAGGGCGGACCGCGAGGAGAGGAAAGAGCGCAGCGAAAGGGAACACGCGGCCAAUAGAGAUAGUGGCGUUUAUAAUAAACCAGCGUCACCGUUGGACCAUAGAGGAUCAAAUAAUGAAGAGAACAAAGUGCGACGGCACGCCUAUCUACAGCAACUUAUUUACCCGUUACUCAAUGAGCUGUCGCGCAAGCACGGGUCGGGCAGCGCGGCGGCGAUAGAGGAGUUGCGGCGCGCCUUCGAGCUCGCCGAGCGCAGCGCGCCUCACCUUACGCGCGCCUUCGUGCAACAGGUGGUCCAGAGGGUUGCGACGCAGUCCCACCAGCCGGCGCCGCCCGCGCACAACUCGCACCACUGGAUGAGGUAGGGACAUGUAACCUGCACCGUUGGUUGGACUCGUCCCCGUCGCUGUGCUCUCGUCUCCUUCCCGCGGCUACACCGGCACACCGCGCCGCGCACGUGCCGUACGUGUUGUACGGAAUCGUACGGAAUCGUACCGUACGUUCGGCACGGCGCCCGCCAUCGUACCACAAUGUUACACUCCACCAAAUUUCACACGCAUACGUACUAAAUAAGAUGAACUAUUAUCGACGACGCGUUUGUAAAUUGAGUUGACAAUAUUUGAAAAUUUUGUUUCUAUUUAAUAACUGUUCAGUAUUGUAACGUUAAAUGUUUACACAAUAAUUAAUCGCGAUAUGAAACCGCUUUAAAUUUGUUAUGUUUUAUUUAAUGAUGAAAUUUUUUUUUUCUAAAAUUAUUAUUAAUUAUUAGUGAUCAAUUGUGUUUAUUUUUUUUUUUUGGUGUUCGUUUUUGCAUUUUCCUUUUGUUUUAAUUGCAAUUUGUUAUUACGUGUGUAAAAUGAAUAAAAAAAAAUAUUGUAACUAUACCAAAACGGUCUUCCUAUAAAAGCAAUAUGCGAAAAGAAUUGUGUUCGGAUCUAGUGUAGCCGCAAUCGAGUCACAAAAGUUGCAAUGCCAUAGAGGAAUAACGUAAUGAAUGCUUCAGAUUUUUACGUCUUAUUAUUUAAUUAUGUGCAUUAGUUAUGUAAAUAUCAUACGGACGGAUACUUUAUCUGUUCUCGUACCAUUUUUUUUGUCUAUUAUUAUUAUUAUUUUUUUUUGUUUUCACUCAUUUUUAUUUCGAUGCGUGGUGACGCAUGCCCCGUCACUUACCUUAAUUCCUGUCGUUUGGAGGUUCGGUUCGUUCGUCACAUAUUUAUUUAUAUUCGUGACGUGACGUCGCCAAUAUAUUUUGCCAUACGUUUGUCUUUUAAAUUUUACUAACCGUAGUUGGGGUAUUGGUAUCUUGAAAUUUAAUUGUAAUUAUUAAAAAGAUAAAAACUAAUUAAUAAUAAUUGAUUGUGUUGAUUUUUCGCUAGUGUUUCUUAGUGUCAUUCCAGACAAAAGACAGAAUUGUCAGCAUUUAUAGAUUUUAUUGUUCCCAUUUUGUUGAAAUUACGUUCUAAUUCAUUGUGGAGAUGCACUGUGACCGUUUGAAUAAUAAUUAAAAAAAAAAUUGUUAUUAUUUUUUUCAUAGUCUAGUUUUUGAGUUAGCGUUCUUAGCGGUUAUUUAGGGAAAAAAUCCGCGACUAACGGAGAUGUGUAAUAUCGAAUCACUUGUUGCUAAAUAUUAAUUUUUAUUAUGAAAUUACGGGGAGGCGUAAACUGAUACUGUGAAUUUAAUGUAUUGCGGCACCAAGGACCAUUCGGUGUCUGUACGAACAUGCUUAUAUAUGCGACAAUAUUUAGCGAUUCGGAUCAUAGAUUAUAUAUAAUAUGAAGACUACAAAAAUAAAAAAAAAACAAUUAUUAUUGCUGUGUAAAAAUUGUAAACCAUAUAAAUGUGUAAAUUGUGUAGUGUAUAAAGAGAUGCUGUUUAUGAAGUGUUCUUAUAAGCGUAUGAAUAUAGUAUAUUAGCAAUAAACCGCGUCGUGGAAGCGGCCCGUUGUUACUCGUAUCGCUCGACUGUUCCACCCAACGUGUUUGUACGUGUGUGUUUGUGUGAUUAUGUGAUAGUGUGCGCGGUGCACAUAUUCCAAAACAUUUCUAUGCAUCAUGUAACGCUUUGGUGGAAUACAUAUACUAUAGUAUUACCGAUUUUCUUAAUGUAAGGUGAUUCUUGUGAUAGGAGAGUACCAAUUUGAAAAAUCGUGCGUUCUCGCUCUGACAAUGUCAAAUGCGUUAGGAUAGAGCGAGACGGCACGAUUGUUUUUUUUUCUUCUUUUUUCACAAAUGUGUAAAUGUCAUUCUCGCGACGCCGGGUGAGCUGAUGCGGACGCUGAUAAAGCUAUUGUAAAUUGUAAUAAUAUUGUAAGAAUAUAACUUUUCUUUAAUUCUUUAUCUCUUUCGUGUACUUACCUUUUUCUUAAAAGAUACGCAGCCGUUUAUUUUAUCUGUAUCUUAAAUUGCAAGAGCAACGGCUCACCGGGCGCGGCGAAGCGGACGAUGCCUUAGACGCGUAGUUUUAAGUCCGCGCCUCUUCCACGACGCGCCUCGCCUUGUAAUUUGUUUUGCCAUGUGUGUCCAGCAUGGAGAUGUUAUGUUUAUUUGGAUGGAGAAAAAAAAUCAGAAAAAAUAAUAUUUUUCCACUCGAUAUUAAAGCGUGUAGUGUUAGACGGGCGAAUAAUUGUUGAUUAUUGAUUAAAAUUAGGGUGUUCGAGCGUUGGUAGUUGAUUUGACGUCGGCGUGAGACGGGGCCGGAAUGACCAAUAACUAAACGCUUUGUAUUAUAUAUUUGUUGUUGCCGUCCCGCUCCCACUCCCUGUUCCUGCACAGCGCGUGUUUCGCUCGUGUGCGGGAACAGCGAGUGUCGCGGGGGACCGGCCGAAGGUGUUCCGAUAGCGCGGCUCCGAGCUCGGUAGUGGUUCGUAGUUGUUACCGUUCGCAGGUGAGCGUCAUACGGAUGUAUGUGAAUGCGCAUAGUUAAUAAAUCUAUAUUAAUUAAAGUAAUAGUGCUGAGCGUCGCUGCGUGCGUCAUUCCGAUGCGAGCCGUAUGAACGUAUUCUUAUGAAACAUCUGUAACUGUGAUAUAAAAUAGCGUUUUUAUACAGGACGUCGCGAAAUACAUGUGUUGUGCGCAUGCGGGCUGUCAGAAUGACGUGUGAAGUUGCGCGCUACAGAUAAAAUAUAAAAAAUAAGGCCCUCCACUGAUGCACUGUAUUAACAUCGACGCGUACCAUUAGUGAUGGUCAAUUAAUGUUACGGCGUCUAUCAUUCUAACACGUUUAUGUAGAAACAAAUUUGACUCUGAAAUAAAAGAAGUUAUUUAAUUUUGGA